GAGGAGUGAGGUGAAGUAGUAAGGGAGGGAUAUGGCAGAGCAUCCGGUGCCUAAAAGAUCGCGCUCUUAUGCAUGGGAGCACUUUGACCUGAUCAACCCCAAGAGGGUCAAGUGUCUUGUCUGUGCUCAGGAGCUGACGAUCAGCAACAACACAUCAUCCAUGCUGCGACACCUGCGCAGCAAACACUCAGAAACGACACCCAAAACAGCUGCUGCUGCUACUGCUGUUUCUGGGGGUGCAGAGACCAGACAAGGUCGACAAGCUGAAUUGGACAAGGCACUAGUUGACAUGGUUGUGCUUGACACUCAACCAUUUAAAGUGGUGGAGGACAAAGGCUUCAGGGCCCUCGUACAGAAGCUGGACCCAACCUACAUCCUGCCCACUUGCCAGGCCUUACAAGCUAUGAUGGAGUAAAGGUAUGAAGAGGCUAAAGACAAGGCAAAGCAGGAACUGGAGAAAGCACAGUCUGUAAGCUUAACUGCAGACAUGUGGACCUCCA